AUGCCAAGAGAAGAUAUUGCUUUUCAAACUGGCGAUAAUGUCACUCUCCGCGGCUGGUUUUUCACGCCUGAAGCAGCCUCAGCUACCCCACUGCCAUGCUUGGUGAUAUCUCAUGGCUUUACAGCCGUCAAAGAAAUGGAUCUCGACCGCUUCGCUGAACACUUCACUUCUUCUGUCCAAAUCUCUUGUCUCGUGUAUGACCAUCGCGGUUGGGGAGCUUCAGAUAAUCACCCAUCUGCUCCUCGUCAUGAGACAAUCCCUUACUUGCAAGCUAGCGAUAUCCAAGAUGCGAUCACUUACGCUCAGAGCAGAGAGGAUGUCAAUAAAGAAAAAAUUGGGAUAUGGGGUGUAGCCCUCAGUGGUGGACAUUGUAUUAGGGUUGGAGCUGUUGACAGGAGGGUAAAGGCGGUCUUGACUCUGGUGCCUGUGGUGAAUGGCUUGGAGAACGGUCGUCGCUUGGCCAAACCGGAUUCUGCGCCUGUCUUCAAUAGAAUCUUCGAAGAAGACCGAGUGGCCAGAGCAGCAGGGAAACCAGCCGCCACAAUUCCUGUUGUUGGUCUAGACCCGAACGGAACUGCUGCGCUUGGAACAGUGGAAGCCUACGAGUGGUUAUCCAAGUUGGGAGGCAAACAUUGGAAAAACGAAGUGACUGUCAGGACAAUGCAAGAAUUUCAAUCAUACAUUCCAGAGGCCUAUAUCAAAUACGUAUCACCAACUCCCUUGCUGAUGACAGUUGCGGAGGACGACUAUCUGAUGCCAACCGAUCUGGCUCUGGCAGCGUACGCUAAAGCCCUAGAGCCCAAGGAGCUGCAGAUAAUUCCAGGCGUCCACUUUGGUGCUUAUGGUCCACAGUUCGAGCAAGUUGUCAAUCGUCAAAUCGAGUUCUUGAAAAAGACACUCCUUGCUUGA